UGGGAAUUGAAGUCCAAUGAAUAUGACUCGCUUCACACAUAAAUUUGCCUUAUUUUUCGAAGGGGAGACUGGCUAUUAAACAGUCGCUUUGUUUUCAACCUCAGAAUUCAACUUCACCGAUUAGAAAAGGCCACACAGAUCCAAGUUCCUGCUGCCGUUUUAAAACUGUGUCAUGUCUCUCUCAAGCCAUGACAUCAUCCAACCCCACAUUCUUCCUGCAGAUGAUCGGAUGAUUUUCAUUAAAGAAGAAUCUUCUGAUGAAUGGAAGCCAGGCGUGGACCAGCAGGACCCAGAGCUCCUCCACAUAAAGGUGGAAGAGGACGAACUCUGGACCAGUCUGGGGGGGGAGCAGCUAAAUAUAAAGGAGGUGACUGAUGCCACCAGGCUUUCAUUCACUGCUGCUCCUUUGAAAAAUGAAGGCGAUGAAGAAAAACCUGUGUUGUCCCGCCUUCAUCUUGACCAAGAAGAAGGUGGAGGUUUUCCUACGAGCAGCUCAACUAAUCAAAUGAAAGCAGAAACAGUUGAAGAGGACUGUAGAGGAGCAGAAACUACCAGGAACCCAAAUCUAAAGACUCUAGAAGAUGAAUCCAACUCGUCAGAGACUGACAUCGGUGAGGGUGAAGAAGACAAUCGUGUGAAUAAUCACAACUUUCUGCAGAAGCACUUUUCAGACUCAAGGUCAGCAACUAUAGAUGGUGUUGAUGACUGGAAGGAGGGUAUGGACCCUGAGUUUGACUUCGAAACUAUCAACACUGAGUGUGAUAAACACUUAAACUACCAGUCAUUUCUUAGUCGUGAGAAAAGUGUUUCGAGUAUGAAGUCUGCAAGUUAUACAGUUAAUAAUAAUUGUUUAGAAGUUGAGAAAACUUUAGACUCAGAUGAAAAAAGCAAGGGAACACAGAAAUCUUUUAGAUGUGAUGACUGUGGAAAAACAUUUAAUCUAAAAUGUAAUCUGAACAGACACAUGAAAAUCCACACAGGAGAGAAGCCAUUUGCUUGUGAUUCAUGUGGACAAAAGUUUAGCCAAAAAACCCAUUUAGACUCACACAUGGUAGUCCACACUGGAGACAAAGCAUUUGUGUGUGGAAUAUGUGGACAAAGGUUUAGCUACAAAUCUACUUUAAACUCUCACAUGAGAAUCCACACAGGAGAAAAGCCGUUUGCUUGUGAUGUAUGCGGACAAAGGUUUAACCAAAAAACAAAUUUAAAAUCACACAAAAGAAUCCAUACAGGAGAGAAACCAUUUUCGUGUGACAUGUGUGGAAAUAGUUUUAGCCUCAAGACUAUUUUAAACUCUCACAUGAGAAUCCACACAGGAGAAAAGCCGUUUGCUUGUGAUGUAUGCGGACAAAGGUUUAACCAAAAAACAAAUUUAAAAUCACACAAAAGAAUCCACACAGGAGAGAAACCAUUUUCGUGUGACAUGUGUGGAAAUAGUUUUAGCCUCAAGACUAUUUUAAACAAACACAUGAGAAUCCACACCGGAGAUAAACCCUUUACUUGUGAGAUGUGUGGACACAAGUUUAGCCAAAAGGCACACUUAGACUCGCACAGGAUAGUCCACACUAAAGACAAACCCUUCGCUUGUGCUCUGUGUGGACACAGGUUCAUCCAAAAGGUGCAUUUAGACACACACAUGAGAAUCCACACUGGAGAGAAACCAUUUAAAUGUGAUUUUUGUGGAUAUAGGUUUAGUCAAAAGGUACAUUUGACUAAACACAUGAAAAUCCACACUGGAGAGAAAAUAUUUACAUGUGGACAAACGUUUACCCACAAGUCAGAUUUAGCGAUAUCCAGGAGAAUUCACACAGGUCAGAAACCGUUUUCUUGUGUCGUAUGUGGACAGAGGUUAUCCAUAAGUGAAACUUUAAAUGAAAACAUGAAAAUCCGAACAGGAGAUGAACAAUUUGCAUGUGAUCUAUGUGGACAUAAAAACAUCCAAAAUGUACAUUUUGACUCACAUAAAAUAAUCCCACCAGAAUAGAUUUACUUGAAAGACAACUUAAAAUACAAUUUUUUUCUUCUUGGAUAGAAAUUUAGCCUAAAGACUCUUUUUGGACCCACAACCCUCUAGGCAUGUCAACAUUUGUGGGUGUUUGUGCAUUUUUUGUUAUUGCUAUAUUAUUUCUAAAUGGUUUCAUUACUUCUAGUUAAAGUGACGGUGUGUAUUUUUCCUGGCUAUAGAGGGCAGCAGAUACCUAAGUUGUUGCGAGGAAGCUGUAUUUCUGUGUUAGAGUUGGACCUUAUCAACAGAUGCCCAUUAGGGUCAAAAAGGCCCGGGGAGUGCAAACUUCAGCAAAAUGAAAAGCACAUCAGACUCCCUUUAAUCACUGGCAAUGAGUGAAGAGGUAAAUGUAUAAAACAACGUUUAUUAAUGGUGAAAUUUUUGUAACUGUUUGUUACAAAUCAGUAAAUGUAUUUUGUCCUCACGGGCUCCCGUAGUAGGAAACAUUGCAUUUAAUAUGGCGUCGCCCAGAGUUUUAGGCCUGCUCCCAUAUAUUUUAGACCUUAUUUUUAUGGUUAUAUGUUACGAAGCCACCAAUAUUUUAUUUUUGUUAAUACUGGAAGUCCUUAAAUUAAUUUUCAACAACAUUUUGAAAGAUAUUUCCAGAGAUUAAAGAUAAAAACUACAUAUUGUCACUUAUCAGUGACACGUCGUCUGUUGUAUCAGUUCUUCAGUCAUAAUAAUUUGUGCCCCCAGUUCAUGUUCACAUGUAUUUGCUUGAGGUGCAUUUCUAUUAGUACUAGUGGUGUGCAUCUCUACCUGCCCUCACAAUUCGAUCCAAUUCCGAUUAUCUGCCUAAAGAUUCGAUUUGAGUCUGAAAUGCAUCACGAUUCUUCACACAAAAUUUUUCAUUACUUAAUAAAAGGAGUAGAAUAUAGGAGUCUGUAUCGGACACAAAAGUAGCAUGAGGUGACAUGUAGACAGUGCCAUCUCAAAUUUCCUGCAUCUCAACGAUUCCAAGACUGAACUUAUCCUUUUUAAUCCAGUCAGAUCUAGCCCAUUCCAAACCCCAGAUCUUUCAUCUGUUUCUCAAAAUCUAAAAACCAUUGUGACUAACCUGGGUGUAAAGAUGGAUUAAUCUCUUAGGAUGGAUGCCCAGGUCAGUGCCACCGUAAAAUCCUGUUUUUUCCAACUCCGCCGUCUGUCCAAAUUAAGAGCAGUUUUAUCUAGGAAAAAAUUGGAAUCAGUUGUUCAUGCUUUUAUCACAUCUAGGCUCGACUAUUCGAACGCAAUAUUGCUGGGUAUCAAUAAGUCAACCCUUGCCAGACUUCAACUCAUCCAAAACGCAGCGGCUAGAUUCCUCACACGUACUGACAGGCGCCAGCACAUAUCUCCGGUUCUAAAAUCCCUUCAUUGGCUGCCCAUCACUUUCAGGGUCCAAUAUAAAAUAUUGCUUUUUGUCUUCAAAUCCCUCCAUGGUCUUGCCCCCGUGUACCUGUCUGAUCUUCUUGCGACUUAUACUCCCGGUCGCACACUCAGGUCCUCUAGCCUGUUGCUCCUCGAGGUUCCAAAAGUGUGUUAUAAAUCAUGCGGACAAAGAGCUUUCUCUGUUGCCGGUCCUAAAAUGUGGAACGAACUUCCAGCCGCAGUUCGACUGGCAUCUUCCUUGGCAGUUUUUAAGUCUAGACUAAAGACACACUAUUUUACCCUUGCUUUUAACAGUUAGCUGUUAUUUUGGUUUUUACUACUCUUAUUUUAUCAUCCAUUGUAAUGGUUUUUAUCUGAACUAUUGUGAGGUUUUUAUCUGAGCUUUUUUAUUGGCUUGUUUCUUAUCUGUUAACUGCAUUUUAUUGCUCUGUUCUAUGUUUUUAUCUCUGUUAUUGUGUGACUGUUCAGCACUUUGGUCGGCCGUAUGGCUGUGUUUUUAAAGUGCUAUAUAAAUAAAGGUGGUAUGGUAUGGUAUGG